CAAAGGUUAUGCAGAAUUUUGGAGGGCAAACAAUGUGUAUUAUGGGGGAUGUGGCAAUGGCGAAUGGAUUUUUGUUCCAUCUCUUAUCUUUAACUAACAUGCUUCUCUCUGAAUGUUGUUUCUCUCUCUUUCUCUUCUUCGUUAGACUCGUUUUAAAUCCAUUUUUCGGAGUUCUUCUGGAUAAAAACGGCGCUAAGAAAAAGAAGUGGCUCUGGCAUAAUUUGAAAGAGCACGUGCACGCUCCGCCCUUUCAACCAAUCACGUUCAUGAUUACCAAACAGCUGUCAAUCAGAUGUUUGUCUCAGAAUAAAACUGUUCUCACUUUUAAUCACGGCAAACAUACGGCCCGGUUCAAUGUUGGAGCAAAACUUAAGGCUGUCAUGAAAGCAAAGCCACCCAGCGGUAUAGACAGUCAUGAGAUGCACCUUGCUGAAGUGAAGCAGUUUGUAAAUAUUGUUUUAGAUCGUGCCCAGAAUGCUAUGCGCCUCCCUAACUACCCUCGACUUGACAAGAUUCCUCUGCCGCUUCACCUGCAGAGAGCAAAGAAUGCCGGGAAGAAGGCUCGACUACAAGCAUCAUCUCCCAGCAGUCAGCAGGAGAAAACAGUGAUCGUGAACUAAGUACCAGUUCUCCAACGUCGGCGCUAGAACUUUCGUGUAUUUCUCCCCACUAGUUGACGACUAUUAGAUUGCUAGUUCAGGCAUUUUCGUGUCCCAUUAAGACUUGUACAUAGUUAUAUUUAUUUAAAGAGCUGUAAAAAGUGACAACGCACGACGUAGUUGCGUCAAAUAAAUUAUUUUUUUCAUA